AUUCAGUCAGCUCUCGGUCGUCGUUGCGAGUAUAUAUUGAAAAAGUCGUAGGACCUCGUUUUCUAAAAUUGUUUUGUGUAUAAAUGGUUUUAGAAAAGAUAGAGGUAUACAACGAUUUGACAUAACAGCAAUAUCAAAAGAGUGUGUGAGACAUUUUUCACAUUUUCUAACGAAAAAAUAUAAAGCAGUGCAAGUGUGUGCUUAUCGGCAACAUUCAGUUUUAAACCGAAAGAAAAAUAAGGAGAUUCUGUGUGAAUAUUUUGCGAAUAACCAGAUCUAGCAGUGCAACCAUAAUCGUGUAAAAGUCGCAGAAAUUGUUUGGUUUUAAAUUGUGUGCCAGUUUGCCAUGCGGGACCUUGCCAAUAAAAUGGCAGAGCUCAAAUUUGAGGCCCCCUUGGCCCAGUUCGAGGAAACGGACGAAUGGGGACCGGUCGAUUUUCAGUCGUCCAACAAUCAUUCGCUAAAAGCCGCUAUCAACGAUUCACUGAAUCUAAAUUUAAAAGAAAAUGACAAUGAUCCGAUUACGUUACUGGAAGAAGCGAUGAAAGAUUGCAUCAACAUUGAUAUGGGCUUGAAGAAAGAUUCACAAAAUCGGAACACAAUCGUCGGCAAAGAGAAGAAUGUCGACAAUUUUACGGAAGGUUUUACGGGCAGUUUGGAAGAUUUAGUGAACACAUUCGAUGAGAAAAUAACAAAAUGUUUCGGCAAUUAUGAGCAAUCGGUCGAGGAUUUAGCACCCGUACAGGUUCGCAGUCAGGACGAAAUAAUGAAUGAAUGCCAAAUGUGGUGGACCAUAACCGGAAAUUUUGGAUCAAUACUUCCAAUCGAUUGGUCGAAAUCGUACGCCCGACAAAUGCAUAUGCCAGCAUUGCAACUAGGCCAGCAUCAAGCCGAAACUCCCGUUGACGAAAUCGAUUUAAGUUCGGAGGAUGAAGCGGUUGCAAACGAUUUGGAUAUGCACGCUCUAAUACUUGGUGGUAUUCACACCGAAAAUGAACCAAUCAAAACUGCCGAAGAAGUGAUCAAAGAAAUUGACGAUAUUAUGGAUGAGACCACACCAUCCGAGGCUGAUGCUCUGGAGGUGUCUGAGGUGAUGGAAAAGGCUAAAGAAGUAUUAGGUUCGCCGCUGUAUGAAGAGAAGCUGCGAACCAUGUCGAUCUCGCAACUAAAUGAACUUUAUAUGGAAAUGGAAAUUCUAAUAAGAGAACUGUCGGAAACACUAAUCAAUGAACUGGCAUUGCGCGACGAAUUGGAAUACGAAAAAGAAUUGAAGAAUACUUUCAUCUCACUGCUGUUGGCCGUUCAAAAUAAACGACGCCAAUUUCACGUGGAAAAGAAACGCGGCAAAUCACAAGGGAAACAACCAACGGGUCUCGAACCGAAAUAUCUUACGACUGUCAUUCCAUACCACAUGGAUAGUGGUCCACCAGACAAUCAAGGGCUUCAAGUAAUAAUCAAAAUUUUAAAAGCCAUCAAUGAAGACAGCCCUACAGUUCCAACACUACUUACUGACUAUAUCCUCAAAGUACUAUGUCCGACAUGAAUUUAAAGUUCCAAGUUUUUUUUUCGAUUGUAAUUUUGUUUUAUUUAAAUUAUUUAAAGUAAAAAUAAAAUGAAGAUGAAUAUGUAGAAGAAGAGAACACACAACCUUUGCGUAGAAUAAUUUUAAUUUUUUUCUUAUUCCCGACUUAAUCUAAAAAUUACUGUCGAAAAAUAAAUAUUUCUAAAAAAAAUUGCAAAAAAUAUUAUACUUAAGCUGAACAAGAUUUGUCUAUAUUAAAUGGCCUGCGAAACAAAUAAAAAAAUAAAAAAACAAAAUGACAACAAGAAAGACACAUAAACCGUUCUUGUUACAAGAAAAUUAAAACUGAAAAAAUAGGAAAAUGAUAGAAAAUUUAGCCCUGCCAAUUUCCAAUCAACAAUGAUAUUAUCUAUUGCAAUAGAGUGUAAUGUUGCAUUUGUAUAAAUAAAACAGCUUUCACGUCCUGAUUUUAUUCCUUGAAAAUUUUCCACAUAAAAUAAUUUCUAUGCAUCCCAACGUAGAUGAUAGUUCUUAAAACCUAUCUGAAACAGAAGCAUUUGAAGUCACAAAUAGCCCAGUGGACCAACGGCAUAAGGUCACUAUUUUAAACCUGUGACAUAUAUUAUAUUGUAUGUACCCGAUAACGAAAAACAUUUGUGCUGCGACUGGUGCCCUGAUAUGCCUUCAGUGUAGGCCGUCACUCAUCGUAGACAAUCCAAAGUGUCAAAAUGAGGUGCAAAAUGAAGGAAAAUAUUUUAAAAGCUUGACAAGUUCCAAAUUCCAAAAUUUGAGCUGUUUGGCACUACAAGCUUUGCAAUAAAAAUUUUAUUGGUAAUUUCAGACCAAUUAUAGUUAUCUUGACUUUGGAUUUUCUACGAAGUGGAACGUUUAAGAUGUGUACCAUCUAACCCUUAACCCUGACAGAUUAUUAUGAUUAUCUACCAUCCUAGAGAUUAAAAGUAAAAUUCAUAGAACAAAUGCUUCAAGUAUCCAAUGCUUUUUUGGGAAUCUUAAUUUCGAAAAUGUUCCAAAAAAGGUUCGAAAGUUUCGGAAAUAAAAUUCCCAGAAAGUAACCCAUGCUCGGUAUCGGCCAAUAAUAUGACAUAGAGGUUUUAAAACAUGGCAUAAUGAGGGACUCAAAAUGCCAUGGGGCACUGGUCUUAAUUGUCUUUUUAAAGAAGAAGAACCGUUAUAAGUGGAAAGUGAAAUGUUCAAGAAAAUGUUCACAUUUU